AUGGACAAACAAUACAUGCAGAUUUUUGUUCAACAACAAGUUAGACAACUUACUAAAUUUGGUGGAAAAUUUGAUGAAGAUGUUAUUCAAUGGUUAAAAGAUACUGAAUACAUAUUUGAUCGAGUAAAAUUACAAUCAUCGAAUAAAUAUUUAGCUGUACAAUCGUAUUUAGUUGGUGCUGCUGAAAAAUGGUUUCGGUAUAACAAAUCUACUGUUGUUAAUUGGCCCACAUUUAAGGUUGAAAUUAUUAAAGCUUUUCAACGAUCAUGUCAUCAAGCAUUCCUCAAAAUGGAACAACGUUUACAAUUACCUCAUGAAUCUGUUAUGGAAUAUUAUUCUGAUAAAAUUCAUCUGUGUUUACAAGCUGAUUCAAAUAUGAGUUUAUCAAUAAUAAUUCAUCAUUUAAUUAAAGGAUUAACACAAUCAUUAAUUCCUCAUGUUAUUCGUCGACAUCCUUCUACUCCUGCUGACUUUCUUACUAUUGCACAAGGUGAAGAACAAAUACAAUUUACAUUAAAUGAUUUAUCACGUGUUUCAAUAAAUCCACCUGAUAAUAAUCCAAACAAUAAUGAUCCUAUUGAUGCAUCAGUUAUGGUCGUAACACCACAUAUUAAUACUGAAAAACGUUCUCCACAUUAUCAACAACUGUCCUUGUUUUUACCAUCACGUGCUCAUGAUCAACAUCAAUUCACAUUUAAUAAAAAUCGUCCCUUAGAUUUAUUAAAUGAUGAACAAAUUGAAUCAGCUCCAGAUUUAUCAAAUGAUGAACAAAUCGAACCAUUUCCAGUUUUAAAUAAUAAAUGUUUACAUGAAGAUGAACAAGAUUAUUAUUCAUCUAUGUUAAACAAAAUAGAUGAUAUUAAUUUGGAAAUUCAAAAACUAUGUACAGUUGAAACAGAUCAUGGUAAUGAAGUAAAGCAACAUGGUGAAUAUGUUACUAAAUCUAGUCCUGUUAAAACUGAUAUUGAACAUGAUUUUGAAGCUAUUGCUAGUAGUACGGAUAGUUUAACAGCUGAUGCUACAUUAAUUGAUACUGUUGUACCUCAGGAUGUUCAAAAUUUAUGGCCUGAUAAAUACCCAUCACGUAAACCUCGACUUUUUGAUAAAGUUUAUAUUGGUUAUGAAUGGAAUCCAUAUGAUAAAAAACGUUAUGAUAUAGAUACCCCAACACCAUACGAAAAUAUUGCAUUUACGAUUGUUAGUAAAGCAUGGGUUCAUUCAUAUCACUAUGAAUCUCGAUGUUAUUUUCAAAAUGGAAAAUGUCAAUUAUGGUUUUAUUAUCGUGAAAUAAAAUACCGUAAAUGGAAAUAUCGUCGAAAAACUUUUUUUCAUUUUCGUUUUCUUUUAUUGUAUUCAUUUACGAAAGUGUUGUAUUUUCUCUUUUCCCUCAUUUUCUUUUGUUUCAUCUUCGCUCCUGUUUUUGUUAUUUGUUGUUUACCUGUGUAUUUUCGUGAACAGGUAAAGCUGUUCACUUAUAAUGGGUGGAGGUGUUAGGUAGUGGCGCUAUCUGCAACCACUACCUCUACUAUUUGUCUCAUUCUGUCCAUUGGUCAUUAGACCAACUUAUGUUCUCUCUCUCUUCUUAGUAGUAGUAGUAGUGGUAGAGUUGUUGUCUAGAGCUGUUGAAGUAGCUCAAGUUGUUGUUAG